GUUUCAAAGCAAACGUUCGAAGACGAUGGACAUCCCAAAUUCAUCACAGUUCUCGAGCUUCAAAGAUUCCCUGGCUAGGCGUUUGAUGGCCAAGGCCGUAGUAUCGGAUGUCCCGGAUGAGGGUGAUGCUUUGGACGAAUUCACUUCAUAUCUUGCUAUCGAGGUGUGGUCUAUGCUGCUUCCGGCUGUGCGUGAAGCGACGUACGAAAACCGUGACCAAGUGCCUUCUGCGGACGAGGUAUACCUAGACAACAUACCCACGUCUUUCAUCGAUACCCUAACAUCCUGCGCAUUCGUCGAGGAUUCCGACGCGGCGCUAACCUUCUUGCGGAAAGUCUUGGAGGACUAUCUUGCAGAUGUAUGCGCCCCGCCUCCGAUGUGGUCCAAGACGCGUACCACUGAGUGUGAAAUAUGUCAGAGGGAAGUUCCUCUCACAUACCAUCAUCUCAUACCGCGAGAAACACACUCGAAGGUCUUGAAGAAGAAAUGGCAUCCGGAAUCUAUGUUAAACUCAGUUGCUUGGCUUUGCAGACCGUGUCAUUCUGCCGUGCAUCAUGUCGCGAGUAACGAAGACCUCGCGAAACAUUUAUACUCUGUCGAGCUGCUAUUAGAGAGGGAGGAUAUUCAAAGGUGGAGAAAAUACGCUGCAAAACAACGCUGGGGUGUCAGACGAGGGUAGAUGGACGGGAGACUUGGUUUGAGUGUCAUACUGUGAUUGGCAUGUUGGAUUGAUAAUAUUCAAGAACAAUAACGACGAGUCUUGUAGCAUACCUGUUCAUCGUAGACAAGUUAAAGUGCAAUCAUGGCACGAUGCUUCGCAACUAGACAGCAAUUGUAAAUUAACCACCGCGCUUGGCUCGCAACAAAGAAGAC